AUGCUCAUCAUCGGACUCACCGGGUCCAUCGCGACCGGAAAAUCAACCGUUGCAUCACUCCUGGCGUCGCCACCUCACUCGCUGCCCAUUGUCGACGCCGAUGUCCUGGCUCGAGAGGUCGUCGAGCCCGGCACAAGAGGCUACCGUGCCAUCGUUAGGCACUUUGGCCCCAUGGCCCCUGACCUGCUUCUCCCAGUCUCGGACACCAUGCCGGAGAAUGGACCCAAUGGCAAGGGGCGCCCUUUGAACAGGGCUGUCCUGGGGCGCCUGGUCUUUGGUGACGAGCCUCAGAUGCAGCAGAACAGGGCGGUGCUCUCUGGGAUCGUCCAUCCAGCUGUACGGCUGGGCAUGGUCAAGAAGGUGGCGUCGUGCUACUUGCAGGGCUAUUGGGCAGUGGUGCUGGAUGUGCCGCUUCUGUUUGAAAGCCGUCUCGACAGGUUCUGCGGGACGACAAUGGUGGUUGCUGUGACUGAGCCGGAGACGCAGCUCAAGAGGCUGAUGGACAGGAAUCCAGACCUCAGUAGAGAAGAUGCCGAAAAUAGGGUCAAGAGUCAGAUGGAUGUGCGGCUCAAGGCGAAGAGAUGCCUGUAUGCGGGCGAGGGAAAGGGAGUGGUGCUUUGGAAUGACGGAUCCAAGGACGAGCUCAAGGCGGCUUUGGACGAGGAGAUGCGCAAGCUGAAGGAGGCCAAUCCAGCAUGGUGGGCGUGGUUGAUGCUGGGAUUCCCGCCAUUGGCAGUGGCAUUGGCAAGCUGGAGGUUUUGGCAGAAUGUCAGGGUGGAGAGACAGUGGAGGGAGAUGCAGGAGAGAGAGGCGAAGUCAUCUUGA